GUUUGUUUGGUGCUUUCAGAGUUUGGGAGAGGAAUCAGCAAUGGCGUCCAGACUGGUGAAAUCCCUAAUCAAAUCAUCGUCGGGUUUGGGAUCGACGGGGACCAGAAACUUCUGCCUCGUUCGGAGUCAAAUCAGCAACCACACUGCCAAAUGGAUGCAGGAUACAAGUAAGAAGUCCCCCAUGGAGUUGAUCAACGAAGUUCCACCCAUCAAGGUUGAGGGCAGGAUUGUUGCAUGUGAAGGGGACUCCGAUCCCGCACUAGGGCACCCGAUUGAAUUUAUAUGCCUUGACCUUCCUCAGCCGGCUAUCUGCAAGUAUUGCGGUCUUCGCUAUGUGCAGGAUCACCACCACUAGAAACAGGGCAGUGAUAGUUCAGCAAGUUCCCUCGGCAAGUUCCUUGGCAGUCCUUCAUUGAAGACCUUUUCAUAAAUUUGUAAUGAUAACACCUUUAUGUGCUUCGUAAUCAGUGAAAUAAGGAUUUGAUUAUGCCUGUUGUGUUGUUCUUCAGACGUGAAUGGAUAUUGUAUUUCAUUUUUCAUUUUUGUUACCUUAUCUGUUUAUGAUUA